AUGUCCCUCGCCUACCCCGCUCUCUUCAGCCGGAUCAACAUGAGCAGUUUGGCGUUCCAAGAAGAGUUUGAAGAGGACAAGAACUCAGCGUUCACCUGGGAAGUGAAGGCUAACAACCGCGCCUACAACAGCCAGUUCAAGGAGAAAGUCUUCCUGUGUUGGCAGCGGCAGAAAUACAAGACCAACGUCAUCCACACGGCCAAGUACAACGUUUUCUCCUUCCUGCCUCUGAACCUGUUUGAGCAGUUCCAGCGCCUGUCCAACCUCUACUUCCUGUUCAUCAUCAUCCUCCAGUCCUUUCCAGAAAUUUCCACGCUGCCUUGGUUCACACUCUUCAUCCCACUUGUUCUCCUCCUCCUCCUCCGAGCUGCCAGGGACCUGGUGGAUGACAUCAGGAGGCACAAGAGCGACAAGAUCAUCAACAAAAGGCCCUGCAAGGUCCUGAUGGGGAAGAGGUUCAUCUGGAGAAGGUGGGAGGACAUCUGUGUGGGGGACGUGAUCUGCCUGCAGAAAGAUAGCAUCGUCCCGGCCGACCUGCUGCUUCUGAGCAGCUCCGAGCCCAGCAGCCUGUGCUAUGUGGAGACGGCAGACAUCGACGGGGAGACCAACUUGAAGUUCCGACAAGCGCCCAAGAUCACACACCAUGAACUCACCUCCAUCAGGAAGAUGGCGGCUUUCCAAGGCAAGGUGGUAUGCCAGGAACCCAAUAGCCGCAUGCACCACUUUGUGGGCUGCCUGGAAUGGACAGGCAAGAAGUACCCACUGGACAGUGGUAACAUCCUGCUUCGGGGCUGCAGGGUCCGGAACACUGACACCUGCUAUGGAAUGGUCAUCUAUGCAGGUUUUGACACAAAGAUCAUGAGGAACUGUGGCAAGAUCUGUUUGAAGAGAACCAAGAUUGACCGUCUGAUGAACCAGCUGGUCGGCUGGAUCUUUGUGUCCCUGGUGCUGGUUUCCGGGCUGCUGACUUUGGGCUUCUACCGCAUGGUCCACGAGUUCAAGGAGAAGCACUUCUACCUGUCCCGCCUUCAUCGCUACAGCGUGGCGGCCGAGUGUUUCCUCUUCUUCUGGGCCUUUUUGAUCCUGCUCAGCGUCAUGGUGCCCAUGGCUAUGUUUGCCCUAGCCGAAUUCAUCUACCUGGGUAACAGCAUCUUCAUCAACUGGGACUCGGAGAUGUAUUACGAGCCCCGGGACAUGCCCGCCAAUGCCCGCAGCACCAGCCUCACGGACCACCUGGGCCAAGUGCAGUACAUCUUCUCGGACAAGACGGGGACCCUCACACAGAACAUCAUGACCUUCAACCAGUGCUGCAUACGGGGGACCGUCUAUGGAUCACCUGAGCGCCACCAGGGGUCACUCCUGUGCCGAAACCCCUACAGCUGGAACACGUACGCCGAUGGGAAAUUGCGUUACUACAACUCGGAGCUCCUACGGAUCGUGCGCAGUCAGGAGGACAACAUGGUGGUGGAGUUCUGGAGGCUCCUGGCCAUCUGCCAUACGGUGAUGGUUCAAGAAAAGAACAACCAGCUGGUGUAUCAGGCGGCGUCCCCUGACGAGGAGGCGCUGGUGACGGCGGCCCGAAAUUUCGGCUACGUGUUCAAAGCGCGCAGCCAGGACAGCAUCACGGUGCUGGAGCUGGGGAAAGAGCGGGUCUACCAAGUCCUGGCCAUGAUGGACUUUAACAGCACACGGAAGCGGAUGUCGGUGCUAGUCCGAAACCCCGAGGGCGACAUCUACCUCUAUACCAAAGGCGCCGACACCGUCAUAUUUGAGCGGUUGCAGUUAAAGAGCACUGUAGAGUGGGGCACGGAGGAGGUGUUGGCGUCCUUUGCCCGGCAGACCCUGCGGACGCUGUGCCUGGCUUUCAAGAAGGUGGACGAGAACAGCUUCCAGAAGUGGCAGCAGCACCACCAGCAAGCCAGCAUCCUGCUGCAGAACCGCACCCAGGCAUUGCAGCAGGUUUACGAGGAGAUGGAGCAGAACCUCCAGCUUCUGGGAGUCACAGCGAUUGAAGACAGACUCCAGGACCACGUCCCCGAGACCAUCCAGUGUCUCAAGGAUGCGAACAUCAAAGUGUGGGUACUCACGGGGGAUAAGCAAGAGACAGCAGUGAACAUCGCCUUUGCCUGCGGGCUGCUUUCGGAGAGCAUGCUCAUUCUGGAGCCGGUGGAGAUUAACCACAUCCUGGAGGCCUUCUGGGAAAAUGCCAACAGCCAGAUUCUGAAGAAGAAAAGGUGGUGCCGCCUCCCGAAGAUGUUCAGCGAGCAGUUCAAAGUGGCCAUGGUUAUCACAGGGGACUUUCUGGACCAGCUACUCACGUCCUUGCGCACGGAGCCGGGGGCCCCGUGCCCCAGCACGGUGGAUUACUGGCAGGAGCCGGAGCAUAGGAGGGGAGACUUGAUGCACCAGUGGCGGCUGUCCAUGCUCUGGCAGGCCCUCGAGAUCCCGCUGCGGAGCACUGGGCUGAUGGCCAGGAGGCGGUACACCGAGAACCUGGAGGUAGAGCAAGAACAGGCCUUCGUGGACCUGGCCUCCCAAUGCCAGGCCGUCAUCUGCUGCCGCGUCACCCCCAAGCAGAAGGCCCUGAUCGUGGCACUGGUCAAGAAGUACCAGAAAGUGGUGACCCUGGCGGUGGGCGACGGUGCCAAUGACGUCAACAUGAUCAAGACUGCGGACAUUGGCGUGGGGCUGGCAGGACCUGAGGGCAUGCAGGCGGUUCACAGUAGCGACUUCUCGCUGGCCCAGUUCUCCUACCUCCGGCGCCUGCUGCUGGUGCACGGCCGCUGGUCCUACAUGCGCAUUUGCAAGUUCCUACGCUACUUCAUCUACAAGACCACGGCCAGCAUGAUGGUCCAGAUCUGGUUCGCCUGUUACAAUGGCUUCACCACUCAGCCGCUGUACGAGGGCUGGUUCCUGGCGCUCUUCAACCUGCUUUACAGCACCCUCCCAGUUCUCUACAUUGGGCUGUUUGAGCAGGACGUGAGCGCGGAAGAGAGUCUGAAGCUGCCCCAGCUCUACACCUUGGGCCAGAAGGACGAACUGUUUAACUACUGGGUGUUCUUGCGAGCCGUCGCGCACGGCACAGUCACCUCGCUGGUCAAUUUCUUCGUGACAUUCUGGGCCAGCAGUCACGGGCUCCCGGGCCUCAACGACUACCAGUCAUUCGCCGUGGUCGUCGCACUGUCUUGCCUGCUGACCAUCACGGUGGAGGUCAUAAUUAUCAUUACGUACUGGACUUUCCUGGCCGUGCUGGCCAUCUUCGUCAGCCUGUUAGCCUACUUCGUCAUCACACAAAACUACCAGAGCUAUGCCUUCUUCAAACUCGCCCCCGACGCCUUCCCGUUUCUAAAUGCUGACAAUCUCGUGCUCAGUCAGCCCUUCCUCCUGCUGGUCAUUCUCAUGAACGUGUCCCUGAAUACGAUUCCAGUCCUGGCCUUCCGCUUUCUUUGCAAAACAAUCAAGAAGCCUCUCAAAAAGGAGGAGGGAGUGGUGGAGGCCCCGGCCAGGAUGCCGGUGAACGCGGCGCCGCCCUACCUGCAGCGGGACUCGCACAUGCGGCGUUCCAGUUACGCCUUCUCCCACCUGGAGGGCUUCGCCAGCCUCAUCACGCAGGGCACGAUUCUGCGCCGGGGCCCGGGCACCCACAGCGACCUCCUCAACGACCUCAAGACCGAGGACCUGCACUCCUUUGACCGGCAGAGCUCCUACUGGAGCCCCCGGGAGGCGUCGCUGCAGACGAAGAGCAGCGGCCGCCGCAGGCACCAGGACCGGGUGUCCUGCGAGGACCCCCAGCCCAUCCCUCCACCGGGCUCGCGUCUGGAAAGCACGUCGUCCCGGGCCGCGGGAAAGCCAACUUCCAGCCCGGAGUACUCGUCGUCCUCCACCACCAAGUGGCCCUCGGGAUCCUUGCUGGAGUCGUUGCCGGCCGCGCAGGAGGGUCAGCUGGGGCUGCGGGAGCACUGGCCGCAGUCCUCCUCCAAGAGGCCGGCGCGGGAGCGGGCAGCGUCCUGGGAGGAGCGGGGCCCUGCCGCUGCCACCGCCACUGCCACUGUCGCAGAGAGCCGCCUGUGGCGCUUCCAGAGUCAGCCCCAGCUGUCAGGCGAGUCAGCAGUGCCCCCGAGGAAGGUGCCCCUUUGGAAGUCCCACUGGCCCUUCCUGGGGGCGUGCAAGCCCUCCAAGACAGAGUUGGUCACCCCUCUGGCGGUACCACCAGCAGGUACUGGGCAGGAGCUGGCGCCUGCCCCCGCCGAGGGCCCACCCUCACCCAGGUCACCCGUGCAGGCACCUUCCACCUGA